AUGACCAUCGAUUUUAAACAACAUAAUGGAUACGACCUUGACCAAGAUUCAUCAGCGUUGCUUACACAAAUUAGAACAGAAUUAGGAACAACCAAUCCAACAGCAAAUAUUUAUGAAGACUUGAACCAAAUCCUGGGAGCAAUCAGAUCGCUGAAGCAAGUUGCCUACGGACAACAACAACACGGGCAACAUGGACAACAUGGACAACAUC